CUGUUGGAUAAAAGGACCAUUUUCUAAACGACCGUGUGUGUGUCGCUGAGGAUCAUGCACGAGGAGCCCUCCUGUGAGACGACAUAAUAAGAAAUAUAUCUUUCAAGGACCAUCCAUAGCACCAUGACGGGGAAGCAGGGCGCAGUGCUGUCGGAAAGUUUAAAUCACUCGGAGAAAACCUCUCUGGGUGCAAAUGGAGGGAGCAACAUUCACCAGCCGAAAAGCGGCGUCAGCCACCCACCGACCAGGUGCACCGGCUUCGGCAUCCAGGAGAUCCUGGGGCUGAAUAAAGAGCCGCCCACCACGCCGAGGAGCCCGCUGAGCUCGCUGCCCGCCGGGGCGCACCUGAUCGCCGCCAGGUCGGUGCUGGGCCCCGCCGCCGUCGGUGUGGGCGUCGGGAUGGGAUUAAUUGGCCCCGGUGGAAUUCCGUCGUUUUACAGCCAGCCCGCUUUCCUGGAGACGGUGCUGUCAGAGGGGCAGGACGUCCACCUGCAGCACCACAGCAGAAGCGUGAGGCCGCUGGAGCCCAGCCAGUCCGCCAGCUCAGACUCCGAGGAUUUAUCUUCAAAUGAACGAAAACACACAAAGUCAUCGAUCAGCCAGAACAAGAAACGCAAGAAAAGACGCCACCGAACCAUAUUCACCUCGUAUCAGUUGGAGGAGCUGGAAAAGGCCUUUAACGAAGCGCACUACCCGGAUGUGUAUGCCCGAGAGAUGCUGGCCAUGAAGACAGAGCUGCCUGAAGACAGAAUACAGGUAUGGUUUCAGAACCGCAGAGCCAAGUGGAGGAAGAGGGAAAAAUGUUGGGGCCGCAGCACGGUGAUGGCUGAGUAUGGACUGUACGGAGCCAUGGUGAGGCACUCCAUCCCUCUGCCAGAAUCCAUCCUCAAGUCUGCCAAGGAUGGCAUCAUGGAGUCCUGUGCUCCUUGGCUGCUGGUCCAAGAUGGCUUACCAGUGAGCAGACGUUAUUCUAAAUCUGAAUACCCGCAACUCUUUACAGGGAUGCACAAAAAGUCCAUAGAGGGAACAGCUCCUCCACCGACAGGAAAGUGCGAUGCCCCGCAGCAGCCAAAGGCUCAGAGGCCAGAGGACGCUGAGGUGGAGGAGAAGAGGUCAGAGGGCAAGCCCGUCAUUUCUAAAGAGGAACUGAGAGAGAACAGCAUUGCUGCCCUCAGGGCCAAGGCUCAGGAGCACAGUGCCAAAGUGCUGGGGACAGUUUCUCAUGACAGACUGUUGGAGGGCAAACAGGAGAUCCAGGUGGCUGAGGAGAAGGCCAGCGAUGCCGCCAGUCCAGAAGAGGAGCAGAGAAGUCCCUAGAACCAAUCCAGAACCUGGAGACUGUUGUUGUCAAAAGCGAUGGCAUCGGAUUGGUUGCUUUCAGUUUAAAUCUGGAUGAACUGACUUUGAUUUCUACCCGUCACUGACUUCUUCUUCAAACCGGCCCCUAUCUGGACUUCUAUAACUUGUGAAAUGAACUUGUUGGUUGCUACCAAGAAGAUGCAAAUGCACUUUUUUCUGAUUUUCUUUUUGAAACUUACUCCUGUUUCUUCAACUACUAGAGGACUUGACAGAGUAGCAGCAAUAGACAAUAAUGUAAAUAGACCUUGAAGUUACAAACGGCCUGAUGAGCAAAGGCUACUCAAGUACAUGUAAAAGGACAUUAAUUGCAACCAGUGACCUAUAAUUUACUUCCUGUCUUUUAUUCUGACUGUGCUUAUACAAUUACUAAAUGGAAGCAUUUUAGAGGAACCAUCCCAUCGGCAGUAAGAGAAAGUUGUUGUCCUAUAUCAUGCUGUAUAUAAUUGAAAUAUAAAUCCUUAAAAUAUCUUU